AUGUACGAUUCUGUUUAUAGGAACUAUCGUGCAUCAGGUCUUGAAAUGCUCAGUCCAUUCUUGGCAAAACCCUUGUUUGAAAACUUCAAGGAGGACCAUGUACCGAAGACUAGGUCUUCAAGUGUUCAAAAUGGGUUGAGAGAGAACCCGCACGUUCUUGAAGUGGCUCCAUUGAACAGUAUGCCUUACAUCGGUCCAUUAACCGGUCAUGCAUCGAUGUCGGUUAACAAAGCGAAUGAGAAUGCAGAGAAAGUAGGAGGUCCAGCGAUGAUAUUCCUGCCUUCUGAAUCAACUCCAGAGUUUGAAAACCUUAUCAGUCAAACGAAAACCGGAGUUGCCCUCACGGGAAGUGCAGCCGUGGGGAAGAUUGGACCUACGAUUGGUUUGGUUGAUGUUGCUGAAUCCGAUGACGCUUACUACUUUCGUGUUUCACUGCCUGGUGUUUCAAGAGAUGAAAAGGAUUUCAGCUGCGAUAUAGAACCAGACGGUAAGAUUCUGAUAAAGGGAGCAACAACGACCGGGGAGAAGACAGUAUGCAAACACAAUCAGGUCUUCAAGAUGCUAACACAGAACUUAUGUCCUCCGGGCCACUUCACCAUCUCUUUCCAGCUUCCUGGUCCUGUGAGUAAUGACGACUUCAACGGUAAUUUUGGGGCAGACGGUGUUCUUGAGGGCGUAGUGAAGAAGCUGUACUACGAAGACUGA